AUGCACAUUUUAGGAGGCGCAUCCGAGUCCAGUGCGCUCGACCACGAGGCGCACCUGGGAGAGCAGCCCAUCCGUGAGCUGGUACAACUUCCCGCGAAGCGGCCCCAAGUGCCUUCUGAGCUGUCGUUCCACAGCUCAUUUUUCUCGUACACAAUAGAUUCACCGUCUUGGGGCGAGCCGCGGCUCACGUCCAAGUCGCCAGCGUUCACCAUGUCUUCCUCCAGGGCUGCAUCACCACGUAGUAGAACGCCAUCGCAGCGCACAGGAUCACUGUCACCACAGAGCCAGCCGGUGGCACCUGCGUCCUUGAGCGCAGUACACGAGGCAGAGCGGCGUCUCGACAUGAAGGACGAGAAGACUUUCCUUUUGUCUUCGUCCCUUUCAUCUUCUGCAGUGCUGGGAGGGACGUGUUGCACGACCUCCCAGUUGACCACGCCUUCCUUAACAGUGCCGCUGCCCCUUGUCGCGGCGAGAACGAUGGCGACGCAGGUACUGCCGCGUUGCACGGACGUCGAGGGUCAGCACCACAGCCGCGCUUCACAAUUACCCCGGACAUCCUCGCCGCCAUCCUCUUUGACCUCGCGAACAGCAGAUAGGCCGCGGGGUGAGGAAUACGAGCUGAGGCGCAGUGGGUCAUCCGCUAAAGAGCCAGGCGUUGCCGAUACUGUGUUGACGCUGCCGUUGGCGGCGUUGGGUGAAGUGCCUCUGCCGACUCCGCGGUUGUCCUCAUCGUCCUUCUCCGCCUCCCUGCCCGCUGUGUCGCCGCUGUCGGCACUGGCCGCCUCAUUCAGCGAGACGCCCAGCUGCACCCCUCUGUCCCACCUGGCCACAACUCUUCUAUAUACGGACGAUGCAGAUCCCCUGGCGGACGAGCUGCGCGCGGAGAGCCGCAUCAACGCUGCGGCGCUGUCGUGGGUGCCGCUGCCGCUGCCGACAAUACCAACCAAGAAGAGCAGACUGCAGAGGAGGGCGGCCACACGUCCCCCGCAUCUGGGGGACCACAGCGAUGGGCAAUGCGUCAGUGAAGUCGGUGCUCAUCCAGCGGUGAAGCAGAUGUGGACGAGAAGGAAAACCAAGAAAGGUGCGGUGCCGACUGGCGAGGUGAUCUCGGUUGUUCAGGGGGGCAUGCUGACACCAGCAACUCUCCCACAGCAACCCUCCUCCGCAGGUCGGAGGCGGACAUCAUCUAAGGCAGCGACGAAGGGCACCGAUCAGAGCGCGUUCGCAACAAUGGCAAGCAAUGCUGCUGAGCCUGUGCCCAUCCCGGGGCCAGCAGCGGCACUUAACCAGAGUGAGGUGCGUGAGGGUCUACGAAGUUUGACAGAGUCCUCGACGAGACACACACCUGCUUUCCGCACUGAUCUUGAGCACCUCUCUCUAUCAGCAACCUUUCCGAAGCAGUCAAAACGGCACCGCCAACAAGAGCUGGCAGUCUUGGCUGAUGACGUGCCCCUAUUCGACCUUUUCGCAACCGGCAGUUACUUGAGCGCAAACGCUACGUCCAUGGCGCCUGCCGCUUGUCAAUCACCCGUCACUCCAUUAGUGUCGCCGCUGUCUCAAGGAGAGCGGCUGAAGAGGACGCGUCGCCGGAUGGCAGGGGUACCACAGGCAGAAGCGGCAGGUGUUGAGGAUCGCGCUGCGCCAUCGGCGGGGCGGGUUGCUGUUGAAACGCGCCGCGAUGGGGCGGAUACAGCUUCUGCAACUGCGGCUUCAUUACCGCCGCCUCUGUCAUCACCGUCAGCACCCCAAGUGCUGGCGCGCUCAGAGGAGCUCGAAGGCGGCGGUACAGGCCGCACGUUACCAGCCAGCGGCGGUUUCUCGGCAGCACCGAGUCGAAGCGAGACUGGCGGAAGAAAAACACCGACAUCCUCACCGACGCUGUCGGUCCGCAAGGGAAGGAAGUCACAGUGGACACCCGCUGCCUCUACUGACACCCCGUCGUGCUCAGGGGACGGCAGCAGCAACGAUUGCAAUGGCGCGGUCACGCAAGCUGUCUCCUCUGUGAAGUGCGCCGCCGAUAUGCAGCCAUCGCCUCUGCAGGCAUGGUGGUCGGCAGUGUGUACCUCUGGAUCAUCCUCCGAGUCUGGCAGGUCCUGCCUGUGGAUUGAGCUGGCGGAGGGAUAUCAGGAGACGCAUGAGACACUUCUACGUCAGGUACUCGUGUACUGGGGAUGUCUUCAUCGAGAAAGUUGCGUCAACAGCUGCGGAGCUCUGGAGCUGCCCAUCAAUGCCUCCCCCCUGUCCUCGAGCUCCCCAUCGAACUGCUCGAGCCGCAAACGCGCACGCAACAGGAAACGCACCGAGACCAAUCCUGCCAGUGACAUCGCGCCGCUUAAAGACGCGGGCCGGAGAGACAAUAAUGGUUUGGUGGUGCUGCUUUGUCCAUCGUCACUGCCCAUGGAAGAGGCGCUGCGGUGGUGGACGCAGCGCACCCAUGUAGAGCACAGCUUUAUGCCACCGCUACUGGCCGUCUCCAUGUCAGUGGACUCAUCAUCGAGUGCGGCAAGGCGUGCUGAUCGAGUGCCUAGUGUUUCCCGAGAAGUCCCUACUCUGGAGGAGGAGCAUGAGCUUUUCAGGGGCGCGAUUGAGCAGGCAUCACGUAUGUACUGCACUGACCCGGCUCGCAGUCUCGCGGUAUCGUGCAGUGCCGCCGGGCACGCUGCACUCACACAAGUCUUGUCGCUAGGUCAGGUGUUUGAAAACUUGCAGGUCUGCGCUGACGUGCUCAGGUCCACCGCGGGCUUCCCUCCCACUUCCUCAGUUGUGAAGACACUGCUGGAAGAAGACGCCGACGUGGGUAGUUUGGCCGCGGCCUUGGCUGUUACCGCGCCUACGCGAGACACCCGGAGUAGCAAUGCUGGGGAAAGGCGGUGUGCUGCUUCGCUGCAGGACCGGUGCUUUGCAGAGCUAUGCCGGUGGAACGACUUGGCGGCCGCACUACAGCGACAGCCGCGGCGACCACUACUUGUGCUCCGCCGUAUGUGUGUCGACACGCUGCACCGCAAUGACGGCACAUCGAAAGCCCCCCCCAAGGGGGCCGGCGUUACUGGAUCGCUGUCAACGUUAAUGGGCGACAGCGAGGGAGUGCUGUCCACGUCGAGUGUCGCCUGCUCCUCACUGUUGUCACAACAACGGCGCCAAUGGGUCACGUAUGGGAUGGUGCUACCCGCCACGCGCAACGAGGACACGUUUGCAAGCAGUGCGUGUCGUGAGGAUCGUGUACUAGCGUCGCAGCCACCCCCAGUGGCGCUCGCGCCACUUUACCUGUCCGCUCUCCACCUCUUCGGCCGAAUACUGUUCGCGUCCCACAACUACGCGACAGCUGUGAACGUGGUGGAAUCGUACGCACGUGUGUCGCAGCGGUGCUUGUCAGACUAUCUAUCUGGCUACAGCUGCGUCGCGACAGGCCCACUGCGUUACGCUGUGUCGGCAACCAUUCGGCGCUACUUGCAGGUGCGCGUGCAGGUGGCGUUGGCGCCGUUGCUGGCAUUGGUGAGCGAAGGGGCCGCUGCGCAGCAGCUGACCUCAACGAGGCCCUCCGCUAGUGGCGCUUGCGUUUCACUUCCGAGCAUACCAACAUCGCUCGCUCCUGUGGUGCUUCUCGCCCGUUCGACCUGGCGUACGGUCGUGCCGAGCUUGUCCUGCACGUGCAAUCCUCACUUAUACGAGCAGGUGCCUCGCACAGACGAUGGGGUGAAGGUGUGCCGCCACCUCGCGGAGCUCUUCCACUACUUCAUCACUCAGCAGUUCUCUGUAGUGGCCCAUCAGGCAGAGCCGAAAGAGCAGUCACUGCAGAGGCAUCAGCUUCAGAGUGCACCUACGGGGGUCGACGCGAUGCCUUUUUCACGAAGUCCACAGGCAUCAUUGUGUACCACGCUAUUGAGAAAGCGGCAGUUGUCACGCUGCAGCCGCAGCCACACAAGCACCAAUAACUUCAGCUCGAGCGCUAGCCAUACUUUGAGCAGCUUACCUUUCCCUGUGCCUUACGCGAGCUCUCCCGAUCUCUGCGCCGGCUCUGAGCGGACUGUCCGUAAACAAGAAAGGAAUGAAGCCCCUGAAUCUGAAGGCACAGAUUCCACAUCCUCGACAGGGCCUUCAGCUCAGCACCAUUUACUGCAGCACAGCGUGACCGCCGCUCUCUCGCCUGCGAAACGGAGUAACGCACCACGGACAAGGCCUUCGAAAAUGGUACAGCGCUCCUCUCCGGUGGAAGCGGCCAAUGCUUCGGUGGCCUCCUCGGCUGGCACCUCAGCUGCAGGUACAGACUUCCACACCCAAGCGCUUCAGUAUGCACUGCGGCUUCUGCACGAGCGUAUGCGCGAUGGCAGCGGAGGGAGGUCUGCAGAUGGCGGUGCGGUAUCCCUUGCAGCGGCUGCCACGGGAGAGUGUGACUCGCUGUUCCACACCAGUGGACCACCCGCGCACGUGCGAAAGCGAACCCGGUCGGACGGCGGUACCUCAAGAGAGGCAGAGCGUGUGCGGGCUUUGCAACUGGUGGAGCAGCUGCUGCGCGAUCAACUACGCUGA